AUGAAUCAUGCUACUAAGAUACGAAAUAAAGUAACAGUACCUGAGUUUUAUUCAAACAAAAUUGCUAUUCGACGUAACCAUUUUAAUCCUUUAUUUUAUGGCGGAAAAUUAUUUCAACAGUAUUUAGUUUAUGCGUAUGCCCGUUAUGAAGCAAAUCGGAUGACGUAUAUCAGAAAUAAUCAAAAGACUUUACGUGUAGAAUCAUAUAAAGGUUUAUUAGAUCAUAUCAAUAGCAUUAGUCGAGAUAAUAAGGCCCGUGUUGGUAAUAUUUUUAUCCUUCCUUCAACAUUUGUAGGUGGUCCCCGCUUUAUGUCCAAAUUAUAUCAGGACAAUAUGGCAAUGGUUCGGAAAUUUGGCCGUCCUGAUUUAUUUAUUACUUUUACAUGUAAUCCUAAAUGGGAAGAAAUAAAAUCCGAACUUAAAGCUUUUCAAAAUUCAUCUGAUAGACCAGAUUUAGUAACUCGGGUAUUUCGUUUAAAAUUAAAAGAAUUUUUAGAUGACAUAGUUAAAAGAAAAAUUUUUGGAGAAAUUUUGGCAUAUGUAUACGUUAUAGAGCAUCAAAAACGGGGUCUUUCCCAUGCUCAUUGUCUAUUUACACUCUCGAAUGAAGAUAAAAUUAAAAGAGCAGACGACGUUGAUAAUAUUAUCUCUGCUGAGUUACCGGAUUGA